AUGCACCGGAGCCAUGAGGGCGGGCAGCCCCGGGGCCCGGGCCGCCGCGCCCCGGCCGGCGCCGAGGUGGGCAAGGCGGUUUAUAUAGGGUGCCCCGCGCUCGCCCGGCGCAUGGAGCCGCAGCCUCCUUCUCCCGCUCUCUCCCGCAAGGUGAUGCCGCCGGAGCCGCUGCCCAAGGGGAGCUCCCGGUGCCUCGACCCGCACGCCCGAGCCAUGUCGCAGCCCGACGGGGAACCGCUGCCCGGCGCCCUGGAGAAGGAGGACGCCCGCUCCGCACCCAGCACCCCCUCCACGCCGUCCGUCUGCUCCCCGCCGUCCUCCUCCUCCUCCACGCCGUCGGCCGGCAAGAACGUCUGCUCUAGCUGCGGGCUGGAGAUCCUCGACCGGUACCUGCUCAAGGUGAACAACCUCAUCUGGCACGUCCGCUGCCUGGAGUGCUCCGUGUGCCGCACCUCGCUGCGGCAGCAGCACAGCUGCUACAUCAAGAACAAGGAGAUCUUCUGCAAGAUGGACUACUUCAGCCGGUUUGGUACCAAGUGCGCCCGCUGCGGCAGGCAGAUCUACGCCAGCGACUGGGUGCGGCGAGCGCGCGGCAACGCCUACCACCUCGCCUGCUUCGCCUGCUUCUCCUGCAAGCGCCAGCUCUCCACCGGAGAGGAGUUCGGUUUGGUGGAGGAGAAGGUUCUGUGCCGGAUCCACUACGACACCAUGAUCGAGAACCUCAAGCGAGCGGCGGAGAACGGCAAUGGGAUCACGCUGGAGGGGGCUGUGCCCUCGGAGCAGGACAGCCAACCGAAGCCAGCCAAGAGGGCUCGCACCUCCUUCACCGCCGAGCAGCUGCAGGUCAUGCAGGCACAGUUUGCUCAGGACAACAACCCCGAUGCACAGACGCUGCAGAAGCUGGCGGACAUGACGGGGCUCAGUCGGAGAGUCAUUCAGGUUUGGUUUCAAAACUGCCGAGCCCGCCAUAAAAAACACACCCCGCAGCACACGGUGCCGCCCUCGGGAGCCCCCCCGUCCCGCAUCCCUUCCUCGCUCUCUGAUGACAUUCACUACUCACCCUUCAGCAGCCCGGAGCGGGCCCGCAUGGUGACCCUGCACGGAUACAUAGAAAGUCAGGUACAGUGUGGACAAGUGCACUGUAGACUUCCCUACACUGCUCCACCAGUGCACCUCAAAGCAGACAUGGAAGGACCACUAUCUAAUAGGGGUGAGAAGGUCAUCCUCUUUCAGUACUGACUGCGCGAACUCUUCCUCAUCUGCCCAUGGCGCUACCAGCACCACUGCCCCUCAGCCGCUGAAACAGCAUCCAGCCCAAGGCAACUGUUAUCAGUCAUGCAGGAGAAACUCAGAUCCAGCAUUCUCAGUUCUUUCCAUUGACCAGCACCUAACAUCCACUAUCAUUUCUCCAGCGCCACUCUGUGUAUGUGUGUGUUGAGUGCAGAGUUACAUUUUUCACUUGUUUCUUGUGGACGUGUAGAAUGACCGUGAGUCUCUCCAAGGCAAUGCCAGACACAGUCAGAAUUAGUGACGCUACUGUGCUUGCAACUCUUGCUCCCAGACGCAUGGGAAUAUGAACAUGCUGAGUCUCAGGGGGGUCAAUGAUCACCUCUGAACAUAAAGCAAGGAGGAGUUUCCGUGGUUUGGCCUGAUUCUCGUUUUGCACCAGUGAAGCACUGUUGGUUCUGGACAUCCCUCCCGAUUUCCACUUGCACGUGUGAAAUCUGAAAUGAGCUGCUUUGGUUCAGCAACGUGAUACAUACACAGAUCUUCCUGAGCCAAACUCGCAGGUAGCUGAGACUCCACUAAGUGGAAAACAUGAUGCCAGCUGGAAAUAGGCAGUUUUUCUUCCUCCUCAAAGUGCUUUAGAAUCACUUGUCCUUUGAUCACUCUAAGGUAAGUAAAUCUUAGUGGGUUUUUUCCCCCCCGUUUUAUAGGAGGGGAAACCAAGAUGUCCUAACCUGAGGAGAACCGUGGGGGUUGGUGGCAGAGCCAGGUUUAACACCCUGAAGUUUCUGAUUGCUGACUUGUUCUUAGAACACUGAGUAUCUCUCUCCUUCUCCCCUCCGAGCCAUCCGCCAAACCUUGUUUUUUACUCUUGUUCUUUAUUAACAAGCUACUUUAAUUCCUUGAAGUCAUUGGAUCACAAAUGGGUGAUUGCAGAAUGUACCUACACAAAACUCUCAGACACUCCAUAUGCUGGGAGUGGGAAAUCCUCAAUGGAAGCUGGUUGUCAAGGCAUAGAAACGUUCUGCCCUGGUGCGGACCCAAGUUUAGUUAGUGGGAACAGUGGGUUAGAAAUGGGAGAUUGGUUAAAAGGUGAAGCCCUCGGCAAAGCCAGCAGGAGCAGCCCUAGCUGAGUGGACAGCAAGGUGAUGGCAUAUUCCUUUAUCUGGCAGCAUUGUUCCGAUUCCCUCUGCCCUCCUGUUAUUCCCCAUUGCUGGAAUAUGGCUGUUGCUGCUGCCAAGUCCUUGGAGGAAGGCGCAGCCCAGGAGGGCUGCUGCUGGCGGGGCAGGCACCGCAGGGCUUGUCGCAACAGCAAAGGAAGUGCUCAGCAAUCUGGCCCUAAAUCAGGAAAAAAGCUCCGAAACGAUCCUUCAUUGAUGGCAAUAACAAAAAGUAAACACGUAACCUUUGCCAGCCCUUCUCAGUUUGCACCAGGCCAAGAGCAGGUCUGUAACAAAACCUCUCUCCACGCAAGCACACGGGUCUGUCUUGCUGCUAAGUGUCUGUGAGGCUGCGUUUCCAAGAAUGUGAAAGCCUACUAUGAGCCACAGUUAGUGUGUAAUGUGACUGAACUGUGCCUGAGGACCAGGAGACAGGAAUCCAUCCGUUGCAUAACUUGUUUGUAGUUUGAACUCUAGAUACGUGUGUUUUCCUCCGUGGAUCAAUCUCCAUCGGGUAGGCAGCCAUCCCAAAGGCCUGGCCAGCCCCUAUUGCACACGUGGCAAGGCUGUGCCCGUGAGCUGUGUGUGACACCCGUGGCCAGACAUAUGGCUCCAGCUGUAAUCACAAGGUGUGCUCGCUGCUCUGACCACAUGGGGAACAGAGUCAGGAGAUGUGGGUGUCUGAUGAGGUGGCCACCAAGAGGUCUUUGAGGAGUAACUGAAUAUAAGCGUGCAUUGGUAUUUGU